GCCAGAUUUGGGAAUUUAGCCAGGACACCGGGGUUAACACCCCUACUCGUACUAUAAGUGCCAUGGGAUCUUUAGUGACCACAGAGAGUCAGGACACCCGUUUAACGUCUCAAUCCGAAAGACAGAACCCUACACAGGGCAAUGUCCCCAAUCAUUGCCAUGGGGCAUUUGGGAUAUAUAUAUUUUUUUUAGAGCAGAGGAAAGGGUGGCUCCUACUUGCCCUCCAACACCACCAAUGGGUUUUUAAUCUAUUUGAGGCUGGAGUAAACAGGCUACAUUUCCAGGACUGGGAAGUUACCAUAGUUCAUGUGUUACCAUGGUUUCAGUCACCAUUUUCGUUUUUGAGACAUGAAGCAAGCUAAUGGAGCCCAUCUGUGUCGCAUAUGACAGAAAGACAAAACACACAUCUUAGAUCAUUUUAGAUAACUUUUGGGCACGCGUUGUAACAUUGUAUCUGGCUAAAUCUGUCGGGAAAUACAAGUCAAUAGGCUUUACCUAUGACGCUACGAGGACAGAGAGUGUAGUAGAGAAAACGAGCUCCUAUUGUUACAGUUUCACUGCAAUUAUCAAACGGCAAGAGCCCGACAAAACGCCAAACCUCAACAUGUCAACGGCUCGUAGGCACGGUUUAGCGGAGACGCAUCUCUCGACGCCAGGAGUUGUAUCUGGCCAAAUACACCAGGACUUCUAUAUCUCUCAUCUGAUUCGUCAACUUGAGGACUUGGACAUGUCAAGUGGCGUCAGAGCACAGAAGAUAUUUCCAUCAAGACUCAAUUCAAGUAUCUACCUGACCACCUGCCAUAGCCCAUCAGAGUCUGCAUCAGUCCAGAGCCAAUCACAGAGAGCCCAGUUCAGGAUGAUCCACAGACGUCCAACAAUCAACAUCCAUCAUCUCAACAGCAGGCUACGGCACCCGAGUUUCACCAAACAUAACCAAGGGGAGGGCCGGGACACAAGCUCCAGUGAGUCUCUGUUGAAAAUCACACCUGUCCAGGCGGCUUACACUAUCAAUUCGAGGGACAGGAGAAGGGCCAAUGGGGAGAGGAGGGUAAAGACAUUCUACUGUUGGGGCCCAAUGAAUGACAGAGCAGGGCUUGGGUCAGGAACCAGCACCGAUGGGUCAAAGCGAAACGGUAGCAGCACACCGGCAGACAUCCACUCUGACGCCAGCGAUCUAUCCGACCAAGAGAAAGGGGGCGCCCAGGCCCACGAGUGGGUCACGCCCGAAGUAGAGCUCCGGUUGAGGCCUGAACCUUUCGACCUGGACUCCGACUUGCACUUCUCGGAGUUGUCGGAGGCCCAGUCGCCAUUUGCGGAGGUGCUCCCAGCAUCUCUGAAAGUGCUGGAUCUGACCCGGAGUCUGCCCAGCACGGUCGAUUGGGAAAGUCGCCAGAGCCUGCACAUGCGAGAGCCUUCAUUGGUUGCCAUCGUAAGCAGACUAUCUGAGAUGGAGGAUCUGCAGGCGGCCACAGUACAGCGAGAGCUGACCAAAACGGGCCGGUGUCGGCCAGCUACGGCAGUCAGCUUGACCAGGAGUACUUCUCGCUUGAGGAAAGCGGAUUCAGUUGUGUCCAGUGUUACGGAACUGAGCCUGUCUCGAGACUCACGCACUAGGCCGACUUGUGCUCCUUACAAACAGAAUCGCAUCAGGGUGGGUGCAAGGCCACAUACAGUCUUUAAGAGGCCCUGUUCCAGCUCAGCCAAACUAAACAGGACAGAGACCCUUGUCCAGGUCCAGUCUUGGGGUGAGGGAUCAACACCAAAACCUACAGGUUGCACCAAAAUCAGAAAAGCCAAAGCUAGCAAGAAAGGUACAUUGACCUCCCACAGAGUGUCACCACCAAGCUCUGCAAAGAGAACUAAAGCCAGGGACUUGAGAAAAGCUUAACAAAUUGGGGAUUACACAGACUGUGCAUUUAGAAAGCCUUUUCCUUUGACAGGGUGUUCCUGAUCGCUGCACAAUGUUCUCAAAGUAGAACAUGACAGCUAAGUGAACUAGUGUACCAGUCAAUGAAUGUACAACAUAUCUCGUUAGACCUUACCUGAACCCUCUGGUGUCAUGACGAUAUAACAUGUCAAAGUUCAGGCAAUGUUAUCUACUGUAGGUACUGGAAGCUAGUUGACUAGUGGGAGUUAGCAUGCCUAAAUAACACUCUGUUCAGGGUUCAAAUUAUACAAACUCUUUGGGAUGACUAUUUUCAGGGUGUCCUCACUGACUGUUUAAGUUCAUAUUCUAGCACCCCUUAAAUUCAAACCAUGGUUGAGUCAUGUUUGUUUUAAGCCAGUUGUCAUUAAAGCAGACAGGCUAAGUCAUGAUUGUUUUUGUGACAUCUUGUCAUUAUGGCAACACGAUUAAUGUAGUCUAUGGCAGCGUCCAUGUACACUGUUACCAAAGAAACUCAACAUCUUCAGAUAGUCUGUGCCUAUGUUUAUUAUAUUAAUACGCCGAAUGAAAAAUGAACACACGUUGUUAUGUUCUCAAUUAAGGACAGAGCAUGCACAUUGAUGUUAUAUCAUAAGAAAACAGCAGUGGACAAGAUUACAUUGAAUAAAGUGAAGGAUGUAGACAAAAUGUGUUACAUAACAU